AUGAGUGCGGGUAUCGGAGAAUCACGUACAGAGUUGCUUACAUGGUUGAAUGGCCUCCUUAACUUGAAUUACAAAAAAAUUGAGGAAUGUGGGACGGGAGCAGCAUAUUGUCAAAUAAUGGAUUCAAUUUAUGGAGACUUGCCGAUGAACAGGGUAAAAUUCAAUGCCACGGCCGAAUAUGAGUUUCAAACCAACUAUAAAAUUUUACAGAGUUGCUUUAGCAGACAUGGAAUUGAGAAAACAGUGUACGUUGAUAAGUUAAUCAGAUGUAAAUUUCAAGAUAAUUUAGAGUUCUUGCAGUGGUUAAAGAAACAUUGGAUUCGACAUAAAGAUGAAAGCGUGUAUGAUCCAGAUGCAAGGCGCAAGUAUCGUCCCAUUAUAACGAAUAAUAGUGCAACCAAACCCCGUACAGUAUCCAACCCUACCACUGCAAAGAGGUCAUCAAGCACAGGCACUGGGAGUGCCAUGUCAGGAGGAUUAGCAACAAGACAUUCUUCGCUGGGAAUAAACGGUAGCAGAAAAACCAGUGUUACCCAAGGUCAGUUGGUAGCGAUACAAGCGGAAUUAACUAAAUCGCAGGAAACGAUCGGUUCAUUGAAUGAAGAGAUAGAACAAUACAAAGGAACAGUAAGUACUUUAGAGAUUGAAAGAGAAUUUUACUUCAACAAACUACGCGACAUAGAAAUCCUGGUCCAUACCACUCAAGAUUUAAUAAAUGAAGGUGUUUAUAAAUUUAAUGAUGAGACCAUCACCGGCCAUGGUAAUGGAAAUGGGGGAGCAUUAUUACGGUUCGUCAAGAAGGUGGAAAGUAUUUUAUAUGCUACUGCAGAAGGAUUUGAAAUGAAUGAUGGUGAGGAUGAAUUGAAUGAUAAAAAUCUGGGUGAACAUGGAACUGUGCCGAAUCAGGGCGGCUAUGCGAACAGCAAUGGCGAGGUCAAUGGUAACGAAGGUAGUAACCAUGAUGUGAUAAUGCAGAACGACGAAGGUGAGGUUGGCGUGAGCAACAACUUGAUCAUCGACGAGGAAACUUUUUAA